AUGAUCCUUCCAAAAAAACAAAGCCGAAGGGGGUUCUUCACUGGGUUGCAUAACCUUCACCUGAAUCCGGUUGAACUUGAUGAUUGGAUUGGUGAUCUUAACCCUCAUUCCAAAGUAGUGAUACCGGAAGCAUAUGCCGUUACUUCACUCCGAGAUGCCGCCGUUGGAGACAGAUUCCAGUUUGAAAGGCUUGGUUAUUUCGUGGUUGAUAAGGAUUCGACAUCUGAAAAGCUUGUCUUCGACACAUUGCGAGAUAGUUAUGGAAAGGGUGGCAGGAGAUCUGCAGCAAUAUUUGGAGGUGACCUUGGUAGAGCACCUCUAGAACUUAAUAGCCGUACGUACGUUGCAGUUUUUCCUUUAGGUCAAAGCAGCUCUUAUUGCAUAAUAAUAGUGUGCUUUGACACGAAGGACUUGGGACCAGGGCUACCCAUUUUUCAUCAAAAUCAGAGGAACCACACGUAA